ACACGAUGCCGUCGAAGCCUCCGAAUGUACAAAGUAUAUAAACACUUGUAAAAGUCAGUACAAGCCAGUUUUGAGCCAGCAUCCGCGAAGGCACAACGUCGAUAUGCAACGCAUCACUCUGCUCGUGUUCGCUGCCAUCGUGGCUAUGGCUUUAGCAGAAGGUCAGUACUACGUGCCCCGCUCGUACUACAUAAUCGACGCGGAGGGGCACGCGUCGGCGCCGAUCCCGCUGCGCAGGCUGCGGCGCUCCGUCGGCCCCUACCCGCUGCCCUACGCCGGCGGAGCCUCCGCCAACGCGAACGCUAACGCUGAAGCGCAAAGCUGGGGAGGUAGUGCUAAUGCGAACGCCAACGCCCAAGCGAUCUCCCGGGGAGGCGCGGGCGGUUGGGAGCUCCCUGCCUGGAACUACGGCUCAGGAAAUCCUAAUACGCUAAGUGCUGGAGAACAUCGUCGUCAAUCCGGAUCAGUCGUAGGCGGCCGAUCAAUAAGUACAGGCUCAUCAGUUGGGAUCGAUUCAUCCGGAAAAGGGUACUACGAUCAGUAUACCUCAGUCUCCAACUGAUCACAGGGCAGCCAAAGGACAACGAAAAUAAUUCAUUUAUAUUAUAAAUCUGAAUCUGCCAUAGGGUUGGGGAACUAAAUUGAUUGAGAUUUAUACGACAAUAUUUAUUAAAAUUUGUUUCUUUAUUAAAAUAAACUAUCAAAUCUUC